AAAUUAUGGGUAAAAAUAUCGAAUAAGAAGAAGUGGAAAAGAAAUAAACAAAAGAGUAGGCUUUGACAAUUAAAAAGAAUAGAAUUGCUAAAAUUGGCAAAUCUAUUAGAAAAUUAGUUGUUUUAGAUUAAAAAUAAAUAAAGAAAGCAAUAAAUGCUUUAUUAAAAUUCAGAGAAUCUACUCAUUCUGACAAUAUCCUUGAUAUUAAAGAUGAUUUUAUUUAUUUAGAAAUAGUAUUAAAUAAAUUGCCAAUAAAGUAUUCAUUGAGACCUGUAUAAAUGUAAAAAUGUGUGAUUAAUUAAAAUUAGAAAAUUACCAAAUGCUAUAUAUAAUUAAGAAAUGAAUUCUAAGUUUUGUAUUAUUAGUACUAAUCCUUAAAGACAAUUCAAAGAUUAAAUAUGUGAAUUUGAUAUACCUUUGAUUUAAAAGGUAAUAGGCUAUGGAAAAUUAAAUAAAAAAUUCCCAACUUAUACAGAUAAAAGAAAAUUAUUUUAUGAAUAUGAUUAAUUCUUUUGCGAUGAGAAGGUUUAUGGAAAUUUAUCGAAAGGAUUAGGAAAGAUCUUUUAUGAUCGAAAGAAGUAAAUAAUUUAAAUAUUUAGAAUACCAUUUCCAAUUAAUUGUGAAAAUAUUACUUAAGAAGUAUUGAACGAUUUAUCAAACUAUACUUAUUUUAUAUAAGGAAAUGGUCCUGUAUAGUAAUUAACAUAUGUUAUAUUAGUACUGUUAAAAUAGGUAGAGUUGCUUAAACUUCUGAUUAAAUUACAUAAAAUGUUUUGUCUGCAGCUUAUGAAGUGUUACCUAAUAUUUUAUAAGAAAAAGGAAUGAGUUUAAGUUGUUUAAGAUAACUAAAUGUAAGAUUAUCAAAUUCUAUAUCCUUACCAUUUUAUUCAAGACUUAGUGUUAGAGAGAUAGAAGCAUGGAAAAAUUAGUGAUAAUUUUU